GCGAUUCGGCCCAAGACUCUCGCCGGCAUUAUCUUAUUGACGCGGCCUUGACGUCGCUCCCCGUAGUAUCCCCGAGGCUGCGGAGGCGUACGGCAGCGAGCGAUGGCAACGAGCGAGGAAGCGACUCCCGGCAUCGACGCGAGAAAGUUAUAUGGGCGCUCGUGCGUUCCCGAGGUUUCGGAGCCGGUCACGGGCUUGCUCCGAGGCGAGCUGCCGGCGUGGCUUCGAGGAAGGCUUUUGCGGAACGGCCCGGGACGGUCUUCGAUCGGGUCCGACCGCUACAACCACGUAUUCGACGGCCCCGCUCUGCUGAGACAGUUCACCAUCGAGGAUGGCCGGGUGCUUUAUCAGAACCGCUUCCUGCGAAGCGACGCGUACGCACGCAACCUGAGGGCCAACAGAAUCGUCGUCUCCGAGUUCGGCACCGUGGCGCAUCCCGAUCCCUGUGCCACCGUGUUCGAGCGGCUGGCGUCGUAUUUCUCUAUGGACUUCACCGACAACGCUCUGGUGAACGUAAUGCCCGUGGGCGACGAGGUGUACGCUAUGACGGAGACGCCUCACAUGACUCGGGUGGACCCCGCUUCGUUGGAAACACUGGAGAAGAAAGACUUGCGAGACUUUGUGGCUGUGCACAUCGCCACCGCCCAUCCACAUUUAGACCCCGACGACGGCGCGACGUACAACAUCGGCACGCGCAUGAGCGGCCGUCCGUCGUUCGUGCUCGUUCGUUUUCCUCCCGGUGGAUCCGAAAGCUCGGUGGACCGCGCCAGAGCCGUGGGCACGGUACCACUGCAGUCUCGCAUGUCAGUGCCCUACAUACACAGUUUCGGAAUGACCGAAAGCUGGGUCGUCGUGCUGGAACAAUCCCUGUUCAUGCAUCUGCCCUCCAUGCUCGUCUCGCGGUACCUGGGCUACAAGGCGUACGUGAACGCCCUCAGGUUUGAUGCCAACAAGAACGUCCGCUUUCACGUGAUGAACAAGACGACGGGAGAGCUUCACACAACCGUGUUCGAAUCCGCCGCGUUUUUCACUUUCCACCACAUCAAUGCCUUCCAACGGGGAGAUGAACUCGUGGUCGACCUAAUAUGCUUUGACGACGACAGCAUCAUCCGGUGUCUCGACUACACGGUGGAGAAGCCCACCGUGUUCAAGAUGGGCCGCAUGCGUCGUUUUUCGCUGCCUCUGAACCGAGGCCCGGGCGAGCGGGUACUGGUUGAGGCACAGGAACUAGCCAAGGGCCAGCUUCGUGGAGAGCUUCCAAGGAUAGACCAACGCCGUAACGGGAAAGAGUACAGGUACAGCUACAGCCUGAGCAAUGUUGAUGGUGAAGAACACAGGGCUUUCGUUUCCAAGCUUGAUGUCGUUACUGGCGACUGGCUGCGCUGGGAACGCCAAGGGUGGUUUCCCUCGGAACCCGUGUUCGUAGCACGUCCAGACGCUGUUGAAGAGGACGACGGUGUCAUCCUGAGCUCCCUUCUCCACGAGAACGAUGAGAAGAAGCUGGCUCUAGUGGUGUUGGACGCGAAGACGCUCGAACAAAUCGCCGUUGCAGAGUUCGAGUGCCCGUCCGCGAUUCCAGCAGACUUUCAUGGGUGGUUUCUCGAGCAGAAUGUGUAAGAAGCGUUUAAAAUUGUUGUGCUUGCUUUUAACGUAUAACUUAGGCUUAUCUUGUCCCUCUGUAAAGUGAUCGAUUGCAUUAAAGUAAUUUUGCGACUCGUUUACGAAAA